UCAUAUCCCACCACCCCAUGUUCACCCCAGUCAGAAGCCUCUGACGAGAUCUACCCACCCAAUCUAAACCCCAUAACCAUCCAAGGUUUGAUUACCAAAGCAAUGGCAGGCGAAGAUGAUCAGAAGGAAAGGAAAGGGCACAUCGCAAAGCCCGAGUACUUUGACGGAAACAAGACCAAGUUCAAGGCUUGGUGGAGACAGGUGCUCACAUACCUGAGAAAUAACAAAAAAGACUUCAUCAUGAUCACGGACGAUGAAAAAAUCGAUUAUGUUAUAUCAUACCUCAGAGGACCUAAAGCGGAAGUCUGGUCACAGAAUUAUUACGACCAGUAUUUCAAGGACGACACAGAGAGUUGGGAGAAGACAUGGGCGACCUUCGAAACAGAGAUCACCGAUGCCUUCCAAGAUUCGAAUCUUGCUGCACAGGCGCAGAUCAAGAUUGACCACCUGCACCAAGGACAAAGGCCGGUGGAGGAAUAUUUUCAAGAGCUGGAGAUACUGAUGACCCAAGCCGGGUAUAAAAAGGAGGAUCAGUAUAUUCUGAAAACCGUCCGCACCAGCGUCAACGAUGCACUCGUCGACAAAGUCUACGGACAAGUCACGGUGCCAAUGACGUAU